AUCGGCUAACUUCGCUGUAGUUUUUCCCGCAGUUUGGCGUCCACCGAUUGAUAAAAAAUUUUAACAUCGUUUUCUAUGUAUUAAUAUUGAGAGAACAUUAAUUUAUCCUUAUGGUUUAUUUCUCCGUGAGACAUUUAUGAGUUGGACAUGUCGUUGAUGUGAUUGUAAAGUUGUUGUACAGCGGUUGUUGUAAUUUUGUAAACAUCGGGAACGCAGGCCCCACGUCUAUGAUUUCUUAGAAUAUAGACACGGGAAUAUAGAAACUUGAGAUUGGCAGCAUGGCGGAAAUAGUGUACCCGCAAGGCUGCCGCCCUAUCACGGAUGACCUAGGUCCAGAUGAGCUGGUUCGAAGGCUAAAGGCUUUGGCCCAUACUCUGCAAGGUCUAGGUCAAGAUGAGGGAAUGUACCAGCAAUAUAUACCGCUGGCGAUACACCUGGCGGACGAGUUCUUCCUCACGCACCCAUCGCGUGAUGUCCAGCUGUUGAUAGCGUGCUGUAUUGCUGAUGUGCUCCGAGUUUAUGCUCCAGAAGCACCGUAUAAAGACCAGGAACAGGUGAAAACAAUAUUUCUGUUCCUGAUAAACCAGCUGCAAGGUCUACGGGAUCCCAAGGAUCCAGCCUUCAAGCGCUACUUCUAUCUACUUGAGAACCUUGCAUAUGUCAAAUCUUUUAACAUGUGCUUUGAACUGGAAGAUUGUCAGGAAAUAUUCUGCGCACUCUUCUCACUAAUGUUCAAGAUAGUCAACACGGAACAUUCAACUAAGGUGAAAUCAUUCAUGUUGGAUGUACUCUGCCCACUCAUCACGGAGUCAGAUGUGGUCUCCAACGAGCUGCUGAAUGUGAUCCUGAUGAACCUGGUGGAACCAAACAAGAGGGAACACAAGCACGCAUACUCCCUCGCUAAGGAUCUUAUCGUCAAGACCAGUGAGACACUAGAACCUUUUAUACAAACAUUCUUUAAUCAUGUCCUCAUACUGGGGAAGGAAGACAAAAGUCUGCUUAUGUUUUCAAAAGUAUUCGAGCUAAUAUAUGAACUGUACCAGUGUUGCCCAUCUCUACUAUUGUCGGUGUUGCCACAGUUAGAAUGCAAACUUAAAUCCGCUCAGUUCCAAGAAAGACUUAGUGCGGUCGCUUUACUCGCUCGUAUGUUCUCAGAACCGGGUUCAGAACUCGCUAAACAAUAUCCCGCACUAUGGCGUGCCUUUUUAGGUCGUUUUAACGAUAUCGCCGUACCAGUUAGGAUCAAAUGUGUCCAAUAUUGUAUGCAUUUUCUAGUACAUCAUCCGGAUUUAAGAAAAGAUAUAACUGAUACGUUAAAAAUGAGACAACACGAUGCUCACGAACAAGUCCGUUACGAAGUUGUCAUGGCGAUAAUCGCAACCGCACAGAAAGAUUUCCAAGCGGUCGCUGAAUCCGAGGAUCUCCUACAUUUUGUUAGAGAACGUACGUUGGAUAAGAAAUUUAAAAUAAGAAAGGAGGCCAUGUCAGGAUUGGCUAUGAUUUAUAAAAAAUUCUUAACAGAGAGUUCAGUACCUCCUGCUACGGAGAAAGCCGUUCAGUGGAUAAAAGAUAAAAUACUCCAUGGGUAUUAUAUGACUGCUUUGGAAGAUAGAUUGCUGGUGGAAAGAUUAUUAAAUACAUCUCUAGUGCCGUAUACAUUACCACCGCCAGUACGGAUGAAAAAAUUAUAUUAUUUAAUGUCAAAUGUUGAUGAUAAUGCAACAAAAGCAUUCAUAGAGUUGCAAAAACAUCAAUUAGCGGUGCGUAGGACCGUCGCUGAGUGGGUAGAUCUGCACAGGAAACCUCCAACUCCGACAGUACAGAAGGAAAUGAUAGCGAAAGUACUACAUAUUAGUACUAAAUUCCUACCAGAGUCGGUGAAAGCUCAGGAAUUUCUGAACAAGUUCUCACAACAUAUGAAGAAGGCGCCGGAACUACUUCAGGGUAUGGAGACCAUAUUGAAUCCGAAUGUCAGCUGUGAAGUUUGCGUUAAGACUACGUCAAGCGUACUAAAGAAACUCGGUCAGCCAGUGAUGACCAACUUGUACUACAACACCGUGAAGAUGUUGCUGGAGCGUGUCAGCUCAGUCAUGAUUGAUCAUGAUUCGCUCUUCAUAUUGGUCGAGUACGUAGAAGGAGCGGUUAAAGGAACAGAUACUUCUAUCGCUGAGGAAUGUGGUAUAGAGCUGAAGAAGGCGGCGGAGCGCGGGCUGAAGCUGCUGGUGAUGCUGUCGUUCGUGUUCCCGGCGCACUUCCUGCACGAGAACAUCCUCGGCCGCCUCACCUCCAUGCUGGAGAUGGAUGAUGAGACCGUCGCGCCGCACAUCCUGGCCGCGCUCACCUUCCUCGGCAAAUAUAGACCUUUGAGUGAGGCGUGUCCUUCUUUGUUCCCGAAAUUGAUAGAUCUGUGUAAAGCGUACGCUGAAAUCGGGACACCAAAACAAGCUAAGAAUGCUGUCAGAUGCCUGUACGUGAACGUGCCGGAGCAGCGCGGGCAGAUCUUCACGGAGAUGCUGGAGACGCUGCGCGGCACGCUCAGCCCGCACUCGGAGCACUACCGCACCGCCAUCGUCACCCUCGGACACCUCGCGCACAACCUGCCCGACGCCUUCCCCGUACACAUCAAGAACAUCGUCUCCAGGAAGAUAGUAAAGGAGUUGUUAGUACGCGAGGGCGGCGGCGGGUGCAACGCGCCGGCGGGCGAGUGGUGCGCAGAGUCGGAGCUGCCGGAGGAGACGCGCUGCAAGCUGGAGGGGCUGAAGUGCAUGGCGCGCUGGCUGCUCGGCCUCAAGCGGGACGAGCUCUCCGCACAGAAGACGUUCAGAAUGCUUAAUGCCUUCAUCUUGCACAAGGGAGACCUUCUCCAGCAAAAUCAGCUAUCAAAAGCGGAGAUGGCGCACCUGCGGCUGGCGGCGGGCGCGGCCAUGCUGAAGAUCUGCGAGCAGAAGGGCGUCGGCGACCAGUACACUGCAGAGCAGUUCUACAACCUCUCACAUCUUAUGAUUGAUGAAGUACCACAAGUUCGUGAAUUUUUCGCGGCGAAGCUUCAUAAAGGACUUUCAAAGGGUAUCCCCAACAAGUGCCUGCCGCUGGACUUCAUGGGCAUGUACGCGCUGGCGGGGCGCGAGCCGGAGCGGCGCGUGCGCAGCCUCGUGCGCCAGUACAUGCUGGCCGACGUCGUGCGCCGCCGCGACUACGUGCGCAACAUCACCGUGGGCACCAAAUUGGAGCGCGCGGUGAGCCAGCUGCCGCACAUCCUGCCGGACUACAUGCUGGUGUUCGCGGUGCCGGUGCUGGCGCACGACCCCGCCUUCACCGCCUACGACAACAUCGCGCAACUCAAGGUGAUAAAGCAAUGCCUGUGGUUCAUCCUGGAGCCGCUGAUAACUCGCAACGACUUCUACUGCUACGGCUUCUACAAGAGCCUCGUGGAGCGCAUGAAGAACCAUAAGGAUGCCAUACACGAGAAUGAUGACGCUUUCAACUUUAAACUGUGGGCGGUGUGCGACCUGGCGAUGUCGGUGAUCUGGUCGCGGUCCAGCAACUACGAGAUGCGGGAGUUCCCCUCCGACGCGCGCAUCCCCACCAUGUACUUCUCCCCGCAGCCAGACUUCUUCCUCAACACGCGCGUCUUCCUGCCGCCAGAGCUGCAGUUCCAGGCUAAGAAGGUUGUGCCGCCGGUGGAUCGCGCACCGAAGAAACGUAACCGAGGAGUUCCAGAUCGCGAGAACACCAACGAUGUUGAGCCAUCGGAGGCGUCAGACACUCAGAUAAUGCUGCCAGGACUGGAGCACCCGCCGGAGACCGACCUAGACGAGCCGCAGCCCAAGCGUGCGCUCACCGACUGAGCUCACACCAGGACUGACAGUGACGCAGUGUGACACAGUGUGAUGCAAUGUGUUACAGUGUGAUACAGUGUGAUGCGGUGUGAUAUUGUGUAACACAUUGAUAUAUCGCGAUGCGUUGAUGUGUAACGUAGUGUGACCCAAUGGGAUUCAUUGUGACUCGGUGUGACGCAGUGUGACGCGGUUCAACGCUGUGUGUACACAGUGAUCUCGGUGCAUGUCACAGGUAGAGUAUGGUGUUAGUUGUUAAUGUAUAUUACAAUCGUAAUAAAUCUUGUUUUUUACAUCUGUUUAUAGUACAGUUUAUUCCAGUCCAGUGAAGACAGUGCUGGAUUACAGCUGGCAAAUGUAAACUAACACUAAAAUACAGUGAAGGUUCCAGUUUGUGUUUAUAGUUUCUAGUUGUAAUCCAGUGUUGGAUAGAAUGCUGGACUGGGAUAAUGUAAACAAGGCAUUAUUAUUGUUUAUACUGUGCUGUAAAGUAGAGCAUAUUUUUUUUUAGAUUUUCGAUAUAAUCAUGUUUUCAUUUACAUCUAUCUCCAUACUCUGACCUGUUUGUGACCUGUCGUAGAUUUUUAAUACACUUUGUCUGUUAACGGUAAUAUAUUUUGUGAAGA